CCGUCAAGAAUUAGUGAGUUUUUUGAAAUUAUUCGAAACUGAAAAAAAUUUGAGCUCCCGAUUCGUAAAUUGUAAACUGGACCGAACCUAUAGCGGGAGAUCAUUGAUUCUCCAGCCAGAACAACUGGAAAUCCGGAAAAACCCCCAAUUGCGCAGGUCGAUUUCCCAACCAGGGGCACCCAAACGUUCGAAAUGAUCCAAAUUACGAGAUAAAUGUAAUAGAACGACUUCAAGAACAACUUUCACCUCUCGGCAUCCAUUCACAUCGAUAGACACCGAUCGCUGAUUUUUCUAAACGUUCUUAUCGUUCCUACUGAGUAGAACGCGAAGUUGCGGUCCCUCUUGCUUGGGUUUUCUGGUUUUUCCAACUUCGGUCAGACGUCCCGAUGUGGUAAUUUAGUAUUUAUGGGAGUUUAGUGAGAAUAGGUAACAUCAGUGCGUGCAGAAGUGAAAUUCGCGAAUCAUGUCAACCGUAGACGAGGUGUUGAAUUACCAGAGGAAGGAGGAGGAGGAUUUUUAUGGUAUUUUGGGCUGCGAUGAGAAUUCCUCGGUCGAACAAAUCAACACCGAGUACAAGGUGCGAGCUCUCCAGUAUCACCCAGACAAGAACGAAGGAAAUAAAGAGGCUGAAAUCAAAUUUCAACAGUUGAAGACUGCGAAAGAGGUUCUUUGCGAUCCAGAGAAGCGUAGUAAUUAUGACAAAUGGAGGAACAGCGGCAUAGCUAUCAGUUACCAGCAAUGGCUUGGUAUGAAAGAACACGUACACCAGUCCAUGCACUGGAGCACCCCCAAAACCAAGGACCGAAUGCUAGAGACCGGAGGUUCCUCAGGACCCUCAUCGUUAGGAUCAGCCCCUAGUGCCCACAGGAGGGCCUCCGAGGGCGGGGCCAACCUGCACUGGACUGGCCGCACAGGGGCCACGUGGAACACCCAACCACCGAGUGAUAUCGUCAGUAAAUUUAGAAAUUACGAAAUCUAAGAAGUCCGUUAUCGAUGUUCACUGUGGUGUCCUCUGAAUGUGAUUGUUCCCUACCCACAAGUUCUGAAUGUUAUCAAUAGCUGCACCAAACCCGAAUAAAGGUGGGGCUGUCUAAGGAAUUCUCGGUUUUCGAUGAGUACGUACAUCUACGCCACUGUGCUCCACGCCAAAUACUCUUUUUUUGAACAUCACCCAGUUCUUUUUAUGUUCAGGGUUGAUUUGAGCACUACACCUCCUCGAAUAAUUAUGUAUUGUUAAAUCCAGACACUCUGUAUGUUUAUUUUAUCAUUGAUUUACUUCUGCACUUCACAUUUUACACAGACACUGUUUAAUCUCAACAUCUCCGUAUUAUUUACGCACAAUGAUAUGUAGCAACAGAUAUGUACUCAACAUCUUAUUAACCAGAUCAUAUACCCAUAUACAUAUAUUUAAAUCGAAGCCUUAGCACAAGUAGGAUAUCUAUGUACCAAUUACCGAGAUGUGAACGUAGUUAAACAUCUUCGAAAGAGUUUCUUUACAGAAGCUCAUUCAAGAUAUCAAUCUCUUCCUCGAUUCAUAAGACAUAAAAACCUUCUAACCUUCCUGGAACUCUUUUUGGUCGAAAGGUGCUGGUUUACGUGGGAACAACUCUCAAGAAUGCCUGUAUACUCUUAGAUGAAUUGUGAUAUUUUGCUUUUUCGAUUAUUUUCAACACGGUAACCUUUGGGUGGAAAGAAUUUAGAUGGUGAAUGCUCAAAACCCGCUUGUGAUUGAUUGAAGCACUAGACCUACUUACUAGAGAUCUAGCAGGGUAAUAAAUUCACAAAGUAAUCUGUAUUUUCUUAAAUGUUUACAAUUGUAUUGAAUACACCUUACCAAUAUAACGUGGGAUUAUCUUUGAUCCCAAAUGUUUUCAGAUAUUAUUAUUGUUGAAUUGGUAAUAUCUCAAUUAUGUUGAGAAUUUAAAUGUUAUUCUAUUCUUGUUCAUAUAUAUUUUAUUCCUUAAUCGUUAGAAUAUUUUAUUAAUAUUAUUCCAAAGUGAAUUCUCGUGCUUCAUUCAGAGCAUGUUUGUGUUGUUAUUCUACUUUAUGGUUUAAUUUUUGUUACAUACCUUUAAACCUUGUGUAUAGUUGAUGUUUUGAUGUAUAUUACUGUAAUAAAGAAAUGCCAUUCAAAAGUGAA